AGAUCUUGUGGCCGUCGGUGCAGGUUGAGUGUGUAACAGAAAGGCAUUUGACAGCUUGCCAGCGGGAGAGAGAAAAAAAAGGAUAGAAACUAGACCGGCUGGAUUUCUAAAAGCAAAUCGUCAUUCGCGCGAAGAGGAUAUUGGCGGUUUAUCCCUGCAAUUCUGCAACAACCUCGCCGCUCUACAGUAAGCCGAUGUAGUACAUGUAGCGGCAGUACACUCCUUUUUAUUAUUACUAUUAUUAGUAUUUUAAUUGGCAACCCAUUGCUAGAUCAAUACCGUACAUGUGGCCAUGAAUUCGGCAGAACAGACAGUAACGUGGCUCAUAACGCUGGGGGUUCUGGAGUCGCCGAAAAAGACCAUCUCGGACCCAGAAGGGUUUUUGCAGUCGUCCCUGAAAGACGGGGUGGUUUUGUGUAAGCUGCUGGAAAGACUGCGCCCUGGCUCUGUCGACAAAAUCCACCAGGAACCCAGGAACCACGGCGAGCGCCUGAGCAACAUUAACGAGUUCCUCAAAGGCUGCGAGAUAUUCCGCGUGGAGGCGUUCGAUGCCAGCGAUCUGCUCCAGGGUGAGGACUUCAGCAAGGUGCUGAGCUCGCUGGUGGCGCUCAACAAAGCAACCUCAGACUUCGGGGUGGGCAGCGAGUCCACAUGCGCUCGCCGCUCCUCCUCGCACCGCAUAAAGUCCUUCGACGCGCUGGCCUCUCAGCCCUCCGCUGGCCGGACCUCCAAGAUAUUCUCAAACCAGUACCGCAGUCUGGACAUGGCGGAAACCAACACUUGCCAGGUGGCGGUGAAGGCGCGCUUCAACUUCCAGCAGACCAAUGAGGAUGAGCUCUCCUUCUCCAAGGGUGACAUCAUCCAUGUGACACGCAUGGAGGAUGGCGGUUGGUGGGAGGGAACCCUUAAUGGAAAGACUGGCUGGUUCCCCAGCAACUACGUCCGGGAGAUCAAAGGCAGCGGGGGCUCCAAAGACAAACCGGUUUCUCCCAAAUCCGGGACUUUCAAAAGCCCCCCCAAAGGGCCAGACACUUCCGGCAUCAGCAAGACCUACUAUAACCUGGUGGUACAGAACAUCCUAGAAACAGAAACGGAGUAUUCUAAGGAGCUCCAGAACCUUCUGGCAAAUUACCUACGCCCACUGCAGAGUACAGAGAAGCUCAGUUCCUCUGACAUUGUCCACAUCAUGGGAAACCUGGAAGAAAUUAGCACCUUUCAGCAAAUGCUUUUUCAGUCCCUGGAGGAGUGUACCAGGCUUCCAGAGAGCCAGCAGAGACUGGGCGGCUUCUUCCUGAACCUCAUUUCUCAGAUGCGGAAGCUCUAUGUGGCGUACUGUGCCAACCACCCCUCUGCUGUCAGCGUUCUGACCCAGCACAGUGAGGAACUGGGGGACUUCAUGGAGAGCAGGGGGGCCAGUCGUCCCGGUAUCCUCACCCUCACCACGGGCCUCAGUAAGCCCUUCAUGCGACUGGACAAGUACCCCACCCUGCUAAAGGAGCUGGAGAGGCACAUGGAGGAGUACCACCCUGACCGGCCAGACAUUCUGAAGUGCAUGAACUCAUUCAAAAGCCUCUCGGCUCACUGCCAGGAGAUGCGGAAACGGAAGGAGCUGGAGCUGCAGAUCCUGAACGAGACGAUCCGCUGCUGGGAGGGCGAGGACAUCCGCACCCUGGGAGGGGUCAUCUACAUGUCCCAGGUUGUGGUCAACAACUACGGCAGUGAGGAGAAAAGUGAGCGUUACCUGCUGCUUUUCCCCCAUGUGCUCCUCAUGCUAUCUGCCAGCCCCAGGAUGAGCGGUUUCAUCUACCAGGGUAAGCUGCCCUUGACUGGCAUGACCGUCUCCAAGCUGGAUGACAGCGAAACUCACAAAAACGCCUUUGAAAUAUCUGGGGGCAUGAUCGACAGGAUCCAGGUGACCUGUAGCAGCCAGCAGGACAGGCAGGAGUGGUUGGAUCACCUUCAGCGCCAAACCAAGCUCAUUUCCAUGGCGACGCCCAACGCAAGGCCCUCCCCGGUUCCCUGCCACACGCUGCCCUCCGCACCCCCGGCACCCUCCAGGCUUUCUGAGAGUCGCAGCGCUACGGUGGCCCCUGCCUACCAUACCCUCCCCCACUCCUCACACGGUCCGCCUCACAGCAACCCCAUGUGGGGUCCCCUGGAGCCCCCCAAGACCCCCAAACCCUGGAGCCUGAGCUGCCUGCGGCCCGCGCCCCCCUUGAGGCCCUCCGCGGCACUGUCAUACAAGGAGGACCUCAGCAAAAGCCCUAAAACCAUGAAGAAGCUGCUUCCCAAGCGGAAGCCGGAGAGGAAGCCGUCCGAUGAGGAGUUUGCACAGAGAAAGAGUACAGCCGCUUUGGAGGAGGAUGCACAGAUCCUGAAAGUCAUCGAGGCGUACUGCACCAGCGCCAAGACCCGGCUGACGCUCAACUCAACAUGGCAGGGUACUGAUCUGAUGCACAAUCACGUUCUGGCGGACUGCGACCAGUCUAGUAUGGACUCUCUGGGCUGCCGUAGCAGCCUUUCCCGGGCUGACGUGACCUCUGACCUCUCCGAAGACUCCGACUAUGACAGUAUAUGGGCAGCCCACAGUUACAGGAUUGGUGCCUCCUCCAGGAAUAGGAAGGAGUCCGGGCUGCACAUGCUCUUUCCAGAAGAGGAGAAAGUGAUUGUGGAGGAGAUCAAGAGUAACGGUCAGGCGGUGAUGGAGGAGAAGAGCCUGGUGGACACAGUCUAUGCAUUGAAAGAUGAAGUUCAGGAACUGAAGCAGGAUAACAAGAAGAUGAAAAGGACACUGGAUGAGGAGCAGAGAGCUCGCAAGGAACUCGAAAAGAUUGUGAGGAAAGUGCUGAAGAACAUGAAUGACCCUUGGGAUGAGACCAAUUUGUAAAACUGUCUAGGUCGGCUUUUGGGUUUGUUUGGGGUGGUUUUCUUAAACCACACAAGAGGGAGGGGGACCAUUUUUAGCAGAUGCGGGCUGAGGCCCAUUCAGGUCACUCUGACCUGCUAACCCAAUGAGAUGUGGACUGAACUGGUUUCACUGGCUGACGGCUCUGAGAAGAACCACGGUCAAGUGAUGAUACCACAGCUGGGGAGUCGUGUAAGAGCCGAGGCUCAGGUGUGGGCUCCCAGUGUGUCGCCUGCAGCCUGGCCAUCGUGUCAUUUCAUCCUCCAGAUGUUGUUUCCUUCACGACGUUCGGUAGUGUGGUCCUCAGUACAUUUUUUUCGCCGUGGUUCAUUCCCAAGGAAGGAGGAUGACUGUGAGUGAGCGUGCGAGAGCGAGAGAGAGAUUAUCACCUUCAUCCGGCAUGAAGCUGACGACUCUCCUGGUCUCCAGGCAUCUCAGAUGCCUGGUCAGCUGAACUUGAGUCUUUCAGAAGCUUGGGGAAACUUCGUAAUUCUCUUCAUUGAACCUGAAAUAAAGCUGGAAGGGUCAUUCCUGGAAUAUUUGUUUUUUUCAGAAGUUUUUUUUUUUUUCCUUUUUUAAUAAUUACCUCAUUUUUAAAAAAAAAUCUCUGAGUGUGGGAUGACGUAUCCUUUUGAAAUUUCCCUUCACUGUUUUGAGUUGAUCAGUAGUCAUAGAGAAACUUUGACCUUUUAAUGUAAAAUAAAAAUGACAUGGUUUCUGUUUUAAUACAAAUGACUUGGCUUGUUAAUUUCAGCUUGGGGGGGCUUCUUACAGAAACCUUCAAACUCCAUUUACAUGCGGUGUUCUUCAGCUCGGUCCUUGGGGACCCCCAAAAUGGGCCACGUUUUUGUCCUGUCCCAACUCCCUCCUAUUUCUGCAAAAACGUGGACUGUCUGCGAGUUCCCGAGGACCGGUUUGAGAAGCACUCAUGUGCAGAGUGCAUCGCAGAAGAUGCAACAUGAGAAAAAAAAACUAGUUUUUUUUUUUUACUUUCCUUAAGUUAUGUAUUUAAAAGUCGUCUGUCUACAGAAAUACCGGCUGUGAUAGUGUGGAUUUUCCAUUUGACUCAUCUAACCCUAAUCUGUAUAAUAAUGUCUCUCAAUUAUGUAUGAAGUUGAACAGUGAUGGACACAAAUGUCUAAUUCUUUUUCGUAUCUUUUGUUUUGGGGUCUUCUGCGCCCAGAGAGCAGAGUUUACACUCUACUAAUAAAGCCACUCACAUUCGAAA